UUUUCUUACCCUUGUUUUGUAUCUGCCCUGUGUACUGGUCAUGUGUAUGUAGGCUACAAGAAGCACCUUUUAGUUAGUUUCAUUCUCGGGUUCUGUUGAUAGAGAAGAGAGAAACAAACACAGUCAAGACUAGAUUAUGGUAUUUGGCUGCACAAGAAGCAGACAAAGACACAAUCCGACGGACGCCCUUCAUUUGGAGCCCUGUAGCUACCUCUCCUCAGCAAACACCACAAAGAGAGGAAGAUAGCGAGAGCAUAAUAUACCUAGUGCACGCUGAUGAAGUCGACCAUGGUUGGAAGGGGCAUCCUGGGUUGUUUCAUAUUGUGUCUGUCUCUGGCCUCAGUAUGCGCUGUCAGAGGAACCCUUAGUUCAAUAAAGGACCUCAGGGGAAUAGAGUUUGGUCACAACUCUCCUCGACACGGCCUCAUGCUGCUCCACUGGCUAGCCAACAACAUUCACAUUGACAACAACGGCAACAUGAGACUCAAUUUCAACCCAGCCAGGAGAGACUAUGGCAUUCAUUUCUAUAGAAAUGCAGAUGAUCCCCGACCAUUACCUAUUCUGCCCCAUCAACGUGAAAGUUACUACUCACUAGGGAACCUUGUUCACAAUAACAACAACGGUGCUUUGGCACUUCCUGAUUAUGUAACUCGAAGAUUCUACAACUCAAGGGAACAUGAGAACAACAGGGACAGGGUCAUACUCAGAGUUAGGGAGGAUGGGUCCAAUCAGUUCAUAGUAGAUGAGGUCUAUGUCACACAGCACUAUCCACCAAAUGGAAACACAGGAACUGGCUAUGAUCCAGACAAUACAUACCUUGUCAGUUUCAACCUCUUAAGACAAAUCCAACGUCUCGCAACCAUUGACCGAAAUGACAUUCCACGUAUAUAUAAUGUAGAGAUCAACCACAACAGUCUGCAAGAACUGGAAAACAUCUGGGGACACACACCUGGUCUGGCACUUCUUCUGGCUAUUGUAUUGUCCUUUACAUUUAGGGCGCAAUCAUGUCGUGUAACAUCACAAAGUACCUUGAAGCAUGAAGGUAAUGCAUUGAUUAAGCUUGAGGUGAAAACCACAGAUAGAGGAAAAGCCAGGAUCAUCUGGAGUGGGAUCCCCAAGAGGCUAUUAGACCAGGGUUUAAUGGUGGUUCUUCAUAGGAACAAUAACAGUGACAGUAAGAGCGAGCUGGAAAGAUCAUCAGUCGGGAAAAAAGCCUCAGGGAGCUAUAACACCUCAGUACCCCUUAACCCUGGUCUCCAGGUCCGGCUCCAUAAGGAGGUAAACAAUUGGUGGAAUUACUUGGGAUUUGGGUCUCCAACUGGAGAGGAGAUCUGGAGAGGUUCUGAGUUUCACGAUGCCAACAGAGAGAUUCCUGUUGAUAUUAACGGACAUGACGCCAGUCUGCAGCUCUUCGUAAAGGAUGGAAAGGCCUGCGCUCGUCUGUAUGUAAAGAAAUCCUUCACUGCCUGGAAGAAAACAUUUCAUAACUCCUGGGUUGGGUUCUACUCUUCUGAAGGCACCCUGGAUUAUAACACCUGGCAAUGGGCUGUACAUUUCUCUGAGGAAAGCCACUCUGAUUGGGCAGAUAUACCUGGGUAUGACGUCUAUGUGUAUGAGUCUAGUAUGACCAUGUCUCCUGGGGUCCAGGUCAGAUUCAUGCUGGAGAAAUCUGGGGGUGAAAAGGCACGCACUCCACCCUGGGAGAGACUUGUCCAGUGGUGAGCUCACCUGAUAACAUGAUAUAUGACGUUGAUAUUCUCAUUUUUAACUGCUUUUGUACAACAUUUCUAUACCCUGUUUUUCAUUUAGAUGUAUUUUAAUUGUUAAUCUGUGUGAAGUGUAAAAGGGAAUCUGUUUCCAAAAAGCUACCUGGUAUCCCUUCUGUUCCUCUUUCUUUGCUAUUUUGAGGGGAUGACUACAGGUUGUUGGUGUGGGAGGGAGACUUGACCUGUCCUCAUGACAAAUCAUUCAGUACAUUAAAGAGUCUUUUUCUCAUUUUUUCUGUUUGAUGUAUCAUGGGCGGGAGACCUUUGUAGGGAAAGAGUGGAUACCUAGUCAGUUGUACAACUGAAUGCAUUCAACUAAAAUGCAUAUUCCUCAUUUUACCCAAUCGCUCUGAAUCCACGCCAUCGGUGCCCGGGGAACAGUUGUUGGGGGUUAAUUGCCAUGAUCAAGGGCAGAACGGCAGAUUUUUCCACCUUGGCGGCCUGAGGAUUUGGGUUGCUGGCCCAGUGCUCUAAAACCACCAUGCUACCUGCUUUUGUUGGUUCUGUUUGUUGGUGUUCAUUUUUGUGUUUUGUGAAAAUUCUAUGAAAAUGGAAACACAAAAAAACGAUGAUAAAUUCAGAGAAAAUAUACAAUAAAAA